GUGUUCCUUUAAUGAUGGAAUGAACAAUGUGCUUCUUCUCCCCGCAGGACCCCAGAAGCAAGCACAAGUUCAAAAUCCACACCUAUGGAAGCCCCACCUUUUGUGAUCACUGUGGGUCCUUGCUGUAUGGACUUAUCCAUCAAGGGAUGAAAUGUGACACCUGUGACAUGAACGUGCACAAGCAGUGUGUGAUAAACGUGCCCAGCCUCUGCGGGAUGGACCACACGGAGAAGCGGGGCCGCAUCUACCUGAAGGCGGAGGUCACCGACGAGAAGCUCCACGUCACUGUACGAGAUGCAAAAAAUCUAAUUCCUAUGGAUCCAAAUGGGCUUUCAGAUCCUUAUGUGAAGCUGAAACUUAUUCCUGAUCCAAAGAAUGAAAGCAAACAGAAAACCAGAACCAUCCGCUCCACACUAAACCCCCAAUGGAAUGAGUCCUUUACGUUGUAAGUUUUGUCUUCUCUUCUCAGUUGAAUUCUCUCCCCACACAUCACAAACCUGCCCACCUCACUGUGAGAGAUAAUGGGGCGGACCUGUUGUAAAUGUCUUUAAACCUCACUUCAUUCCUAAGACUUUCUCAGACCGCUGCUAAGAAGUCACGGUCGUCACCUGUUUUGGUGGAUGGUAACCAAGAGUUACGUGAUGCAGGCCCCAAAUUAUUAUCAAUACCUCCUGUGUGCAAAAAAGUGCAUUUAUGUUAAGAUAAUGUCAAAAUGUAAAAGGUAUGUCCCACUUCCUGAUGGACUUGAGUUCUUUUGAGGGUUAUUGGAGAAGGUAAGGUAAGAAUUUAAAUAAUAAUUUCUAAAACAAGGAAUACAGGAGUCACAUGCUAUUGCCCCUGAAAUGGGAAGAUCAUCCUCACCUUUAAAGAGGGAGGACUUCCUGGAGUAGGUGACAUUUAAAAUGGAGCUUAAAGGAGUGCCAGAAUUUCAGAGGCAGAGAUGUUAGAAGAGAAAGAAGGAAGGGGGCCAUGGCGGGGGAGAGAGGGGCAUAAAACCACGGGGGGUAAGAGAGCACUGCCUGCAGUUGAGCAUAAGCGGGUGGUCCUCCUUGCAGAUUAGAACACAGGAAGUGGUUUCUCUGUGGAUGACCGGAAACGUAGCUCUUUUAUAUAGAACAGAGAUUAGCGAGCUUUGUAAAGGGCCCGUUAGUAAAUAGUUUGGACUUUCUGGGUCAUACAGUCUGUGUUGCAACUACACACAAUUCUGUGCAUCCGUAGACCGUAUGUAAACAAAAGCCCAUGGCUGUGUUCCAGUAAAGCUUUAUUUACAAA